AUGGGGAGAGGUAAGAUUGAGAUCAAGAGGAUUGAGAACUCAAACAACAGGCAGGUGACUUACUCAAAGAGAAGAACUGGGAUCAUGAAGAAGGCUAAGGAGAUCACAGUUCUUUGUGAUGCUAAGGUUUCCCUCAUCAUCUUCGGUACUUCUGGAAAGAUGCAUGAAUAUAUAAGUCCUUCAACAAAUUUGGUUGAAAUGUUGGAUGCUUACCAGAGGUCUACUGGAAAGAAGCUGUGGGAUGCUAAGCAUGAGAAUUUAAGCAAUGAAAUUGAUAGAGUUAAGAAAGAGAAUGACAGCAUGCAGAUUGAGCUCAGGCACCUAAAGGGGGAAGACAUCACAUCUUUGAAUUACAAAGAACUCAUGAUUUUAGAAGAUGCCCUAGAAAAUGGGCUUGCAGGUUUACGCGAGAAACAGAGUGAGAUCAUCAAGAUGAUCAGGAAAACUGGGGAAAUGCUGGAGGACGAGAAUAAACAGCUUCAAUACAUAUGG